AUGGAACUGAAGGAGAGAGGCCAGAAACAACUGAAGGAGAGAGGCCAAAAACAACUGAAGGAGAGAGGCCAGAAGCAACUGAAGGAGAGAGGCCUGGAGAAGAAGAGACUGAACCAUGUGCAUGGCGGAUUUACUGUUCUUAUGAAACUAUAUUGCAGAAGUGGAUGGAAGGCAAAGGCAAGAGCAUUGGAGAUGGUUCAAGAAGAGCAUGAUGAGCAAUACUCAAGACUCAAAGAUUACCGUCUUGAGCUAUUAGAUUCAAAUGAAGGGUCAACGGUGGAGGUAGAGACACUUGAGACAGAAGGUGGUCUAGAUAUCUUCUUUAGAUUCUAUGUUUGCUUUGCUAGGAUUAAGAAAGCAUGGUGUAGGUAUUCUCAACCAAUAUUUGGCGUUGAUGGUUGCUUUCUCAACAAGCUGCAAACUGAUUUGAAUAUGAGAGAUGGUUCUGGUUUUACUAUCAUUUCAGAUAGACAAAAGGGUUUAUUGAAUGCUGUUUCUCAGCUAUUGCCACAGGUUGAGCAUCGUAUGUGCGCAAGACACAUAUUCUGGAAAAUUGCCAAGAGUUACAACAGUGCACAAUAUACCAGACGGUUGGAGAAGCUGAAGAUGUAUGACAUGGGUGUCUAUGAGUCAGUAAUGCAGAAGAAUCCAAAAAACUGCAGUCUUGCCUUUUUUAACCCAACAGCCUCCUGUGUUGAUGUAAGUAACAACAUCAAUGAGUCAUUUAACAAUGCCAUUAAUGUUACAAGAGAGUUUUCGUUGGUGGAAAUGCUUGAAACUAUUAGGAGAAGGGCAAUGGUGCGCACAGAUAUUAGAAGGAAGAAGGCACAAAGACCCAAAGGCAAAUAUAGCAUAAAAGCGAUGGAGAAGGUAAAUUUAGAGCAGAAGAAAAUCCUAAACUGUACUGCCUUUCGUGCUGGUCCAGGUGAGUAUGAGGUUCAAGAGAAGAAAUCAACAUAUAAGGUUCACAUGGGCUUGCAUUCUUGUACAUGUCAGAAGUGGGAGAUGUCAGGCAUUCCUUGUUGUCAUGUGUUGAAGGUAAUAUCAGUCAAAAAACUGAAUCAAGAGGACUAUAUAUCAUCUUGGUAUCUGAAUUCUAGGUGGAGGAAUGAGUACAAUGCAUAUAUAGAUGCGGUUAGAGGAUCAAACUUCUGGAGGAGGUCCGGUGAAACUGAAAUUAUGCUACCACCAAAACCGGAAACACAAGGUAGAAAGAAAGUCCCUAAAAGAAUCAAGGAGAGAAAUGAGUCACCACAGAAAAAGAAAAGCAAGGGAAAGGAGCUCAAAGUUACUAGAGAAAAGAGAAUCAUGCAUUGUGGAAGAUGUGGUGUUGUUGGGCAUAACACAAGGAGCAGCAAGCAAAGUGAACCUGCAGUUAAAAAGACUAAAGUGGAUGGAACAGAGGAGAUGUGCAUCGGAUCUAGUCAACCAACUCAAAGCCAAGUUAUUGACUGA